AUUUUAAUUAUAAAUUAAUCGUUUUUCCAUUUUUAAUUAAUAAUUGAUUUUAUCAGAAAACAUUUAGUUAAUUACCAUUGAAUACGAAUCCUUUUAAAUGAAGCGCGUUUCGCUGUUCUCUAGGUAACGCCCUCAGUUGGAAUGGAUCAGUUUGGUUUAUGAGAAAAUGUAAACAAUAAAACUAAACCACUGGACACUUUCAACUUGACUGGUAUUUUUUUGAUUGUUUCAUUAUUCUGAGUUCGAAAAAAUAUUUUUGUUAAUCAUGGUUAAUACACCUGAAAAUAAGCCAAAUUAUUCAUUAAGUGGUAAAUUAGCAGAAGAUACUAAUACAUUUAAUGGAGUUGUCAUUAAAUACACCGAACCACCUGAAGCUAAAAUUCCCAAGCGCCGAUGGAGAUUGUAUCCUUUUAAGGGAGAAGAGACUUUACCCCAUUUAAGUUUGAAAAAUCAAAGUGCAUUCUUAUUGGGCCGUGAUAGAAGAAUCGCCGAUUUACCCAUUGACCAUCCUUCCUGUUCAAAGCAACAUGCCGUGAUCCAAUUUCGCCUUGUGUCUUAUAAGAAAGAAGAUGGUUCCUCUGGUAAAAGAAUUCGUCCCUACCUGAUUGAUCUGGAAUCCGCUAAUGGAACAUUUCUAAAUAACAAACCAAUUGAACCAAAAAGAUAUUAUGAACUACUCGAGAAAGAUGUUAUCAAAUUUGGUUUUAGCUCAAGAGAAUAUGUUAUUCUUCAUGAAGACUAUAAGGAGGAUGAUGAUACACAAGAGGUGGAAAAAGAAUCUUCCUAAAAUUGGUUUCAUCUAUACUUUUUGAAUCACAUUCAUAGUCUCUCGUUAUUUUUAGUUUAUUCAUCAUAGACUAAUCUUAACCCGGACCUCCUUUAUUAUUAUUUUCAUUCUCCCUCUGUGUUUCUCUUUCUUCUCAUUCUCCACUUUUUUUCUCAUCUGUAUCUUCCUAAAAUUGGUUUAAUCUAUCAAAUGAAUCCCCAUUCGUAGUAACACGUUAUUUUUUCCUAAGUUUAACCAACUUUUUUUGACUAUAUUUGGCCCUCCAUGUAACUACUACUCUUACUUUCUCUUUCUUUUUUUCUCUCUCAUUCUCUUCCUCUCUUCUUCUUAGUUAUCAUCUUCCUUUCCUUUUCUGUUCAUCCCUCUUCUUCUCAACUUUAUACUUUAGAUGACGAAGAAACGAAUUCUCUCUGAUCAGCCCCCCCUUUAACUGUUCAUCAUCUUGCGCAUAUAAUCAACUAAAUACUUUGGUUAACCGUUUUGUGAUCAACAAUCGACGCAAUCUCAUCCUUCAACCUUACCAGGGCCAGACCCAUCGUUAGUAUUUAAACUCACCCCGGGCCUCGAGAGUUAAUCAGUUUGCUUUUCAGUCUCGUCUUGGUACUUGGAAUAUAACUCUCUAGUCCUCCCAGCCGGUCUUAUACACUUUCUAAUUUUCAUCUUUUAACU